AUGACCGUAAUUGGUGUAGUCGAUAUCGGAAGCAAUGGAAUUAGAUUUUCUAUUGUAGCGUCCCUCGCGAGAUGUCUACCGGUUAUAUUUGAAGAAAGAGCGGGCAUUUCAUUGUUUGAGGCGCAACAUCAAUCAAAAUCUGCUAAUUCCAAUCCUAUUCCUGAUUCAGUCAUUCGAGACACCGUGAAUAGUUUGAAGAGAUUCAAAUACGUAUGUAAGCAUUACAAAGUAGACAUUGUCAGAGUCAUUGCUACGGAAGCUAUGCGAAUGGCAUCAAAUUCCGCUGAACUUGGACAGCGAGUGAAAGAGGCUACUGGAUGGGAGAUUGAGAUACUUCAUCAACAAGAAGAAGCAAAAAUAUCAGCCAUGGGUGUCAUCUCUUCCUUUUUUGGGGUAAAAGGAUUAGUAAUGGACAUGGGUGGAGGUAGUGUUGAAUUUAACUACGUUUACCAUGAUCUACAGAAUCAGUCGCUGACCAUGAGUGAUGAUCCGCAAUGCCUCCCAUACGGAUCGGCUGCAUUGACCAAGCUAUUAGGGUCAUGUACCAAUCGUGAAGGUAGAUCCAGGUUAUAUAAAGCACUAGUUGGUGAACUAAAAGUUGCGUUCAACAAUCUCGGUAUUCCAGAGAAUAUCACUAGAGCAGAAAACAAAAAUGGUGGAUUUGUUGCUUAUGUCUCCGGAGGUGGGUUCAGAGCGCUUGGGUAUGUGAGCAUGUCAGCUCGUGCGCCGUCUUCAGUAUCAGAACGACGAAUGUAUCCUAUUCCUAUCAUUAACGGAUACGGUACGAAGAUGAGCAAUUUGCUUGACGACGUUAAUGAAUAUCUUCCUUCGUUCGACUCGGGUUCCUCACCAAAGUCUACCGAGCGAAACGAUAACGAUAGCAACCCAUAUCGCAUCAGUAAAAGACGCGCAAAACUUCUUCCAGCAUGUAGCUUUCUGAUGAAUGCUCUAUCCGAGGCCAUCUCUAUUAAAUAUAUAUACUUCUGUGAAGGCGGAGUAAAACAGGGAAUAUGCUUUUCAAUGAUGAAUGACGAAGAACGACAAAAGGAUCCGUUUUUUACGUUUAUAAAGUCGAACUCACUCUCCGAUAAUUUUACUCAGAAUCAACAACGAAUAGUUUUAUCGACAUUAAAAUCAUCUAUUCCGUCAACAUUGUACGAGAUUCUCGAUCUGAGCAAUGGGUUGUCACUAGGAGAACAUCGAUUAGAAAGGUUGUUACCCAGCAUAGUUUAUCUGUCUAAACGGCAUGAUCAUUUAGCUAAGGAAGCAAGACCAUUUGCUGCAUUCAAUUUAGCAUUGGCAGGCGGGGCCUUAUCUAAUGCACCAGGAAUAACACACAGCGAUCGUGCCAUUAUAGCAUGGUGUCUAAUGCAUAGAUAUCAUGAUGAUGUUGGCGGAGGAAGCGGUGGCAUUGAGGAGAGGGUGAAAGAGAUGGAUCCGGUGCUAUUUGAUAGCAUACGGCGAAUGGUGCCCGGGAAAAAGAGAGGACGUAAGAUAUGUGAACUCAUUGGUAGAUUGACUGGUCUCUAUUUGAAAAUACUACCUGGGGAUCCACUGGAUAGCCGAGAGGGCGCAAGCACGAACGCCUUGAAUAGCAUCCCAGGGCUCAAAGUACGCUUUACUGAAAGUUCAGGGGAUGGGAGCGAUAGAUUGCGAGCAACCAAGAUUAUUUCUAGAAUCUUUGAGCCAAAGAAUAAUCAAUCUAUGAAUGUUAGGAUUGAAUUAGUCAUCGAGUCUGAUGCUAACGAUUCUAAUUUCCUAUUCGAUAAUGUUAUAGUAAAGGAGGCGUUGAGAAAGUUGGAGAAGGACUAUACACUCAAGGAUAAAAAGAAUGUCAAAAAGCAAAAAAAAGGAAAAAAUAAUCACGGUAAAAUAAGGAUCGAGGUGGUCGUUAAAGAAUCCGAAGUAAAUUAA